ACUAAAUAGGAAGGGUAAUAACAAAGUUCGUUACAUUUUUCGUUUCGUUUCGUUUUGUUCCCACCCGCCGCACACUAGAGUUCAUUAUCCAAAGGCAACCACAUACCCAAACACAUUGCAUUUCUUUUAUCCAUAAACCCCGACCCAUUUCUUCCGUUUAUUCCCAGAUCCGACACUCUAUCCAUCUCGCUCUGUUUUCCCACUCUUCCAUCCCUCACUACCACAUUGCCGCCACCGCAACCACUCACGAGGAUCCAACCGCCGCGACCUCCGCCGCGAGGAUCUCCACUGUUCCUCAAUCCCUCUCUUUAUCACUCACGAGAUUCAAGUCGGCCAAAUACGUAUGUGAAAAGCACACAAUGUGUUGACUUUGAAGCAAGAGGUUUGAUCAAUGGCGGCAUGUGUGGCUUCCCCGUUCUCUAGUAUGCCACAUUUGCAGAGAGGAGCUGUUAGAGCAAGAGCCUACUCAAAUCAGCCUAGUUUCAAGACUGUUAACAGAAAUUCUUCCAGAAAUCAAUGUCAGUUAGUUCGCUUCGCUGCUUGGAAAAUGUUUGAGCCAAAUGCAUCUGUCACCACACAUUGUAAAAUUAGUAGUCGUCUUCAGGUGACCUCCUUCAAGUGCAUAGGCUUGGGGGCUUUGGUUGAUUUGGAUGGUGUAGCAGUCUCUAAUUUGGUGCCAGUUGUUGAUCAAGUGCUGUUGUUGGCCAGCAUAUUUCUCACGUAUACGGCAGGAAUAGUUAAUUUUGGGAAACCUUCUACUAGUUAUGAGAAGAUCACUUCUGAUAAAAAAGUGCUUUCUGGAAGCUCCGACAACUAUGGUAGUGUAGUGAAAGAAAAUUAUAAACUUGAGUCAAAGUAUACAUUCAAUGCGGUGAGAGGAAAGCUGUUGAAUUCUCUAAAUGCUCUAGAGCAAAAAACUUAUUCAGGAGAUAUCAUCCUUCACUCUACUAAACAAAGCUUGAGUUUAAAUGCUAUUGCUGGGGCUCCAAAGUUAAGGUUGCUUUGGGGUGCCUUUCAGAAAGUUGAGGAAGAGGUUAAGAAUAUUUCGAGCACUAGAUCUGUUGCCAUGGAGGAUAAUUUCUUUUCUGAAUUUAUACAAAGAUCCUGUCAUUCUAUCUGCGACAGUUGGCUGGAAGAUGAAUAUUCCCUAUUAAAGGGUAAUUUUGACAAGGAGCUUUCUUCUGUGAUACUUGAAAAGGUAAAACAAGAUAAUUCUAUUGUACAGAGCAUUACAAGGUCCGGAAAGAUAGAUCUAUAUUUGGAGUUACUGCAGUAUCUUAGUUUUGGUUCACUUAGGGAGGAUUGUUGCUAUGAUUCCUGUAUAUUUGGUUUGCAUGGCAUUUCUAUAUUGGAAGAUUUAGUGAUAGCUAUAGCAGAUGGGGUUGCAAGUGUAUAUCUGGAGUUUAUUUCUGUUGAUAGUGAUGUAUCGAGUAAAACCAAUAGCUUGGACAUGUCAUUAUGUGCUUUGUCCACCAGAGAACUCCAAAAAUUACGUAAUGAGGUGGCUUUGAACCAAUGGUUGUACCAUAACAUGGAUACGGUUGUGUCAAUGUAUGAGGAUCGAUUUGAUUUGUGCACACUUGGGAGUCAGCGCAUUGAUCUGCCAAAUAUUAGUCAGACUGAAACACAAAGUUGGUGGAGGAGGCUUAGCCAGCUAAAUUCAAAAACUGUGUCCCCUGAAUUACAGUGCUUGGUGAUAAAUCAUUUUUCAAUGCCAGUAAAGCGGACUAAGGAAUUAAGAGCCUUGGCAGGAUGGCGAUAUUAUUUCAGCUUGUUCCUGGAGUUAUCUGACAUAUCAAUGCCUCUGAUUAGAGCAGUUAUUGACAAAAUGAGUUCUGCAAUCUCAUUCUUUUUGGUUACUUUGAUAGGGAGGUCUCUAGGACUUAUUUAUACAGGCAUUAGGCAGUCCCUCAGAUGGAAAUGAGAGAUUACAAACAGGUGCAGUUUUGUGUGGUUCGGUAUAUUUCUUUUAAUCAUUAUAUUUGGCUUUCAUACACGAUGGGAUUAGCGAUAAAUUUUUGUAUAGGUACGGGUAAAUUGAAAAUUUGCGUCUUUCUUUCUUGUUCAA